ACUUGAUAUGGCUAAAAUCUGCUCUUCAGAGGCCUGCAGUAUUAAGUUAUAGAGCAAAAUUAUAGUGAAGCAGCUCUCUUGCAUUAAAUCAUGCAAUUAUAUGUGGAGAUGGCGGGUUAAAAUGAGCUGAUAGUUUUCGCAGCGGAUCUCCUGUUUCAAAUAAAAGACCAGGACUCUCCUCUCGUUCUGCUGCUUACCGCCUGAUGCUGUUAACAAUACAGCGGUGGGCGCCCUCACAACUCCUGCCUCUUUGGCACAUCGUAUUGGAAGAUACUUCCGAAAGCCGCUCUCUCAUUGGCUGAGCUUUCCAUCGAUCAAAUCGAUGCGUUUGGCUAGUGGAAGAAGUGCCCGCCUACCUCGCGUUGUAAAAGUUUUCCCAAAGUUUGUUGCCGUGGGAAUUUUGUGAAUAUUAGACCGGAAAUAGGUUGUGUGGAUAUAAAAAUAAAAUGUAAUUUAAUGGGAAAUUUUCGCGUUAAAAGCCAAGUAUAUGAGGUGGUAUUACCAAAAGAUGAUUGUGAUACGUUAUAACACAAACCUACCAUUAUAGCAUUCGACUAGAAGUCACUUUGCGGUCAUUUUAAACACUUUAACCGGAAGUAGAAAGCGACAUGUCACUGUAACUGUUGCUAACUUUGAGCCCCGCGUUAAAACUUUCUGCCCUCCCCCUUUUGGACUCACUCCCUCCGUCCUUCUUGCUCAGCCAAUCCAUCCGUUCCUCGUUGAUGUUACAGCGGUGAUGGAGAAGCAGGGGAACCGCCACCGGCGCCGCUAACCUCAGUAACAACACAGAGAGCAGGACGAAGAAAACGAGAGGGAUAACGGAUACACGGAGCGGAAGGAGAAGGAUGGAAACCGUGGAGCAGCUCGUCUCCUUCCACCACAUUCAGGUCCAGUUGAGCGGGGGCGCGCCUUGGGGGUUCACGUUGAAAGGAGGGCUAGAGCACGGCGAGCCGCUCAUCAUCACCAAAAUCGAGGACGAAGGGAAGGCUGCCCACUGCAAGAAGCUGAAAGUUGGUGAUGAACUCAUUAACAUAAACGGAUCCGCCCUCUACGGCAGCAGACAAGAAGCCCUGAUCCUCAUUAAGGGAUCCUUCAGGAUACUGAAGCUCACAGUCAGGAGACGUAGUGUCCCUCUCAUCAGGCCUCACUCCUGGCACCUGGCAAAGCUGUCGGAGCUGCCCUUUCCUCCCCCUCCCCCUCCCCCUCCUCCCCCAUCCCCUCCUCCAACACCACCCUGCCUCCCCACUGCCGACUCCCCCCCUCUCCCCCCUCCUCCACCCCCUCCACCUGCCAUGCAGCUCCACCCCGGCCCUUACACACUACCCUGGCACACGACUGACAACAGUGAUUUGUCCAUGCAGUGGAGUCAGCUGUCCAGACCUUACUCCUCCACUGACCGAAGCAGCUCCCUGGGCUCCAUGGAGAGCUUGGACACACCUACACCCACCACGCAGCCAUACUCCGACUCCCAUAAUUCACCAGUCGAUCCCACCCUCUUCAACAAUAAGAGAGACUCUGCCUACAGCUCCUUCUCCGCCAGCUCAAACACAUCUGACUACGCGACAGUCCCUCUGAGACCCGGUGAAGCCAACUCAAUGGAUAACCUCUUGUCUUGUCAAGGCUACCCUGUUAGAGACACCUCAACCCUUUGUGAGUCACCUAGUGAGGGCAAAGAUGAGGCACCGCUGAUCACACAAAAGUCCAGAUCACUGACUAGGCCAAGACCAAGGCCCAUCGAGGUAAAAGAGAGACCUUCGUCCUGCUGCUAUGAGCAGGAACGGAGGGGUGGAGGCUUUGAGAUUCUAAGAAAUGGAGAAACAGGAAUGGAGAGAAAAAGGAACCCUCCUCAGCCUCCAACCAGAAAGGAUAGUUUUAGGGCAACCCGGAGUCGUCCCAAUUCCACCAACCCACGUUGUGCUUCUGCUCCUAUUGAAAGUUCUGGUGUUUCUUCUUAUUAUGAGGAAAACAAGCUCUCGCUUAAUCUUGAAUCAGGAAUGCAUAAUGGCUUCCCUGUACCAGGAGAAGGAGGUCAAAGUGGGAAUUUCGAGAAGGAUACUUUAGAUACGCACUGUAUCCAGACGGAAGAUAUUAGACGUAUAAAAUGUGACACUAGUGCUCAUAAAGACUACAACUCAGAGAGCACCUCAGAAAACCUCUCUGAACCACUGACAGCUUCCUUAAUGCCCAACCUCCCCUCUGAUUCUGACGCCUUGCCUGCAGAAGCCUCCACCGAGGUUCAAGAGCAGUCCCGUAUCUCCCACACUCAGACCAAGCACUGCUCUACUGUGCUACACAGGCACAGCGCUCCCGAGAAGCUCCUUGCUACACAACUUCAAUUGUUGCAGUUUAACAGUGACAGCCCUUCUGUGGAACCUUGCAGUCUAUCAAACCCUUCUGAGCCCUCUUUGUCUCCCUGCAGCAGCCAGUGGUCCCCUUCAUCACUUCAGCCAAUGAGUGAACACCAAGAAGCUUCUCAAAACCACCUUCAUGCCACGUCAAACAAAUGGGGAGGUAGCCGAUGCUCAACCCCAGGAUCUGUGUUCUUCGAAGGAGAUGGUGAUGACAAAGAUUCAAGAGAGAGGCUAAAUGUGAAUGGCGGUUCUCUCACACCGGAUCAGCAUCACAUGCCAUGGGGUCGCUCUGUGAGCGUGCCAGGGGAGAGCACAAGAUCGUCAGCACAGGAAAGACUGAGCUCUGACCUGACGCUUGAGCGGGACUUUGAGCCUCUUAGUGCUGCUGCAAGUAUGGAUACCUUACUGGAUGAGCAAAGAGUAGUGGACAGAGGAAGAGGUGAAGAAAAAAAACAAGAAGUUGUAGAAGGUGAGGCAAGUGCAAAAAAGUCGAACUCUUCCAGGAACCAUCGAAGGAACCGCCGGCGCAGCGAGAGAUUUGCCACCAACCUGCGCAAUGAGAUUCAGAGGAAAAAGGCCCAGCUUCAGCGCAGUCGAGGUCCAGGAGGGUUACUCUGUAGUAGAGAAACUGUCCAGGAGGAGGAUCCAGAUGUCAAUGAGGAGGGAGAUGCAGAACAAACGGCCCAGGAAGAGGGUGCCAAGGCUACAUUUGCCACUCCUUCUCUUCCCCAAGAUUCCCAGACCUCAGAACCAGUCAUACCAUCAAACACCUCAAGUGAAUCAGACCAUGAUGUCUUGAAGACUCAGUCUCCAUCCCUAACCUACCCUCAGAACAAUAGUUUGUCCAGGUCUGUCCAAAUUCUGGACCCAGGCGUCCCGAGUUUUGGUGUUGGCAUCCGAGUUGUGGAGGAACCAGCUCCCGCUGGCAAGGCCCGCCGUUGGCGUUGGACCCCUGAGCAUAAACUCCAACCAGAACCUGAUCAAGACAGACAGUGCAGAGUUUCCAGUGAGAGAGUUUUAGGAGUCACAGGGUCUCGUCAUGGAGUUUGUGCUUUCACCUCAUCAUCUACAUCAGCUUAUGGCCGCUCGUCUUCAGGUUCUCGAACUGAGGAUUCUGAUAUCCUUCCGUUUGCAGAUAGAAUGAAGUUUUUUGAGCAAACAAGCAAGGGCGUGUCUGUUUCAAAUGCCCUGGGGUCUAUCCGGAGCACCAGAGGGGGAGAGCCUCCAAACCAAAGGAGAUAUUCCUAUCAGGGGGGACAGCAGGAAAGCUCCCUCCCUUCAAAUACUGUGGAGGCCAGGAGGCAGUCUGUGAGUAACAGCAGGGAAAGGCAGAAAGAAAAGGAGAGGGAACAAGCGAGAGAAAGGGAGGAGAGGUUGAGGGAGCGAGAGGAGAGGCUAAGAGAAAAGGAGAAGCAGCAGGAAAAGGAAAGACAAGAGAUGGAACUGGAAAUGGAGAGGGCAAGGAUGAGGGAGAUGGAGCGGGAGAGAGAGCGAGAGGAGCGGGUCCGGCAGUGGGAAAGGGAAAGGGAGCUCGAGCUGGAAAGGGAAAAAGAAAUGGAGAGAGCCAGAGAAAGAGAACGACUCCAAAAUCAAAGAGAGAAAGAGCUUGAGAAGGAAAGGGAAGAAGACUGUCAGCUCACCUCUCAUCAGGAGUUUUAUCGUAGCUGUGGCUUCACAGUAAAAACUCAAGACUUCCAACAACACAAGGAGAACUUCCACAACUUCCAGCCCAAACCUCAGAUAUUCUCCCACAGCCAAACCCAUAGUCACGUCCCACGAUCAGCUUUUUAUCCAGUCAGCACCCCUUCCCAGCGACCAGAGAACCGACAAGCUCUGCACCCGGGAUUCUCAGCACAGAGCUACACAUCUGCAGAGACGUAUCCCGCCAGGCAGCAGGAAACGAGCAAGCUCAACAGGAAGUACAGCCUGACCGAGAGGGACUAUCCAAGUUGGAGGCGGGAGUCCAGACCUCCAGAGAACAUCGGUCAGUACCAGCAGCUCCUCCACCAGCCUCGAUGGGGCCUCAGACACACGGACAGCAGCACCGAUGACCACAACGGCUACGCCUUUGCACCUCCGCCGGCUCCUCUUUAUCUCAGAGGUCGAGCCAUGUCCGAAAACGACCUCCGCUUCGACAGCAGCCAGCGCUGGUCCCCUUCGAUUUCCAUGGCAACCAGCCAGACCCUGAGUGAGGUGGAGGAAGGCAACAUGAGACGUGGAGAUGCAUCGAGCGUUUCCAGGCAAAACAGGAAGAAGACACCCCCUCCUCCAAGACCACCACCCCCGAAGUGGGAGCAGUUCCACCGCCGGCGAGCAUCUCACCACGCCCUGUUCUCCUCCUCAUCUGCUUCUGCUGCUCCUCACUCCAUCCCUCCCUCCUUCAACUCUCCAGGGGCUCACUAUUCAGCUCACUCGUCCUCCUACAUCCCUCCACCUGACACCUCCAGGCAGAGGUCCUUCAGUCUUCCUCCAGAGAGGCAAGAAGUGGUGGAGGGCGGGUGCCCAAGAUGCAGCUGCAGUCAAACCCAGGAACGCACAAUCGCCCCGUCCUAUCAGAAUCAGCCUCAGUUUCAGGAACGCCUCAUUACUGUUGCUCCGCCUAGCCCCAUGUUCUCCAGGAGGGGAUUCAGGCCGGUGGCUCCGCCCCAUAGAGAAAGGGAGGCUGAAUCACCUCUGCCGCCUCCACCGCCGCCUCCUCCUUCAGUAGCAAAGGAGAACAGUGUGAACAGUUCAUCUGCGACGGACGUCAGCUGCAGCCCAGACCACGACAAAAUUACAGUCAAACCUUACAAACAGCAGCCUGGGGUGAGACCUGGAGCCGAGUGGGAGAGAGCUUCAUCCCCCAGGGUUCACAGCAACACGGCGAACCCUCCUGUUUUAGAAAACAGAGGUGUCAUCGAGGCUUCCGAUAGAUAUGCCAGUCAAACCGACUGCGAGCAACUUCGUGCGGACAGAGGCUUCCAGAUGGAAGAGCAGCAGAAGAUCAUUGAAACAGGAACCGAAUCAGAGACGACCCUCAGCCCGAGCCCGGAGCACAGCCUGGAGGCUGACCUGGACAUCCCCCUGGAGACCGACAUCGAUGACUUUCAGGAGGAGGAGCUUCCAGGAGAGGACAUUCCCAUCACCAGCGAGCUCCCGUGCUUCGCCCUCCCUGUCACGGUCCUGGAGACGGACAUCGACACGCUCCCGGAUUCUGAGGCGUCGCCGUCACGCAGGACGAGGGCGGAGAGCAGCUCCCUGGAGGAGGAACUGGAGGGUGGGGAGAGCAGCAGCAGAGAGGGGCUGAGCCUUGAGGAGCUCUUCCCCCAGAGCAGUGAGGGCGAGUCGGGCACGGAGAGCUGGAGAGGAGCGCAACCCGCAGAGCACAGCACAGACAGCCUAGAUAGGCGGUCAGGAGCAAGCUCCAGCUGUUCGUCCUAUUACAGCACCUCAACGGCCAAGGCUCAGAUCCUGUCGCAGAUGAAGGACUUCACAGAUAACAGAGAGCGCGACGAGGAUGACGAGCUGACCUACAAGAAACAGCUGAUGGAGAGCCUUCGGAAGAAGCUGGGAGUGCUGAGGGAGGCUCAGAGAGGACUGCAGGAGGACAUCAGAGCCAACGCACAGCUGGGAGAGGAGGUGGAGAGCAUGGUGGUGUCGGUGUGCAAGCCCAACGAGGUGGACAAGUUCCGCAUGUUCAUCGGCGAUCUGGACAAGGUGGUGAGUCUGCUGCUGUCGCUGUCCGGGAGGCUGCUAAGGGUGGAGACCACGCUGGACACACUGGACCCCGAGACGGAGCACCACGAGAGGCUCCCCCUGCUGGAGAAGAAGCGUCAGCUCAUGAGGCAGCUGUCCGAGGCUCAGGACCUGAAGGACCACGUAGACCGCAGAGAGCAGGCUGUGAGCCGCGUGCUGGCCCGCUGCCUCUCUCCAGAGCAGCACAGGGACUACAGCCACUUUGUGAAGAUGAAGGCUGCCUUGCUGGUGGAGCAGCGGCAGCUGGAGGACAAGAUCCGGCUGGGAGAAGAGCAGCUGAGGGGGCUGAGGGAGAGCCUGGGACUGGGGCUGGGAAUGGGCAUGGGCAUGUCAAUGGGAUAUGGACAAUAUUAGGAACAACAAAGUUUGAAAGCAGAGAAGAAGGAAGUUUUUUUUUUCUUCAUAUAGACUUUAUUUGGAUAGGAAGAAAAGGAGAUUUGGUGAUUACCAUUUCAUCUGUCCAAGAAAAGGAUGCCAUCUCUGAUCAAUUUUUGUCGUGAACCUCCGCUCUUAUUUUGAAAGAUGCUCCCCUCUCUUUGUUUCCCUUACUGCAAAUUGGAUAACUGCAUCACUUGUUUUGAGACCAAGUAUGAAACCAUUGCUAGGAGCUGAUUAACUUGGAAAUAACUGGACUGGCUCCAUCUGCAGCUGGCGAAAUCGUCUUCUUGUCUAAAACUCACUGCCUCACAGAUUUCUGACGUCUUCGUGUAGCUUCACAUUUAGCACCUCGAACUGCUUUUUUAAGGAUUAGCAGACCUGUACGCAGAGAAUUCAGGUCCAACACAAACAGCUGAAUCAGCACCCUGCAAGGCUUUAAGUAGGUGGGAAGGAAUGGAGGUCUCUCAACAACAGAGACCAAGAGAAAGGCAAGAGUCCAAGGUGUCAAAAUGAAAAAAGACAGGGCUGACUUCCACCUCUGCAGGGAAAAAAAGACUGUUAUUAUCAUUAACUACAGACUGCAGUGGAUGGAUAAAUCUGAAGAUCUACCAAAACAUAUCAACAAUCAAUCUCCCGGAUGUGCGAUCUGAGAGCAGAGAGCAUGCUCGGUGUUGGAAAUGGGGGGCGAUCUGUGAGUGAAACAGCUGGUGAAGAUUUGUAGUGAGCGGCUUCUCGUGGACCGAACGGACACGUGAGAAAAUGUUGUACCCUCUGCUUCACAUUAUGAACCACGUACUGUAACAUUUAUUGUCCUCUAACCAGUAUCGCGCCACGCUGCCAAAGACAUUUUCGCUUGAUGAAUGUGUCAUUAAGACGCUGCUCACUUUGUUGUUGUUGUUGUUGUUAUUAAUGUAUUUAAAUCUCCUGGUUCAGAGAAUUAAAGGAGGAUUUUUUUGGUGCUCACAUUAACCACACUAAAGCCAAUAUUGUGAAAUGCCAUUUGCAGCAUUAUUAACAGCUAAACAUGUCCUUUCUACGGCCUUCAGCAACACAUAUACUGUUUUAUCUAAGCGUCAUAUUGUCAUAUCACUUUAUAUUCUUUUUACUGUAAUGUCUGUGGCUGUAAACAUGUGUUACUGUGUGGAGUUUGACACUUCACUGACUUGUUCUGCCACAGAGUGACCGUUAUGUACAGAAGAUGCGUGUUUAUAAUGUAUAUAGCAGUUUUGAUAUUUGAAAUGACUGGAAUUGGUUGUAAAAGAUGAGCGAGAAGACCAGAAGGAGUUGAAGUUUACUGUAUAUUUUGGCAGUGGAUGAAUCCAGAGGAGUGUUUGGUUUGUGCUGAACUAGACUUUGUUUAUUGUUUUUCAUUUUUUUCUGUCCAAUAAGCUUGUUCUAGUAACUGUAAAGUUUUACAAAUGUUUUUAAAUCCACCAUUUUUGCCCUAAAAUUUGUAUUUGAGUCCCAAAUGUUAUAUAAAUUUUGGCUGUUUUUGAUAAGAAGAUUCAAACCCUAUCAAACCCCUUCAGUAUAUAAGGUUACAUCUAGCAGCCGGUUAGCUUAGUUUAGCAUAAAUUGCAAGCUUGACUCUUACUCUGCCAGCAAAAUUAAAUAAUUAACACGUUGUAUUUUGUUUAUUUAAUUCAUAAACAAAGGAUUGAAAGUGUGAAAACUGCAGUGUUUUAAAGGUCUACCUAUUGAUGCUAAUGGAGCUAGCAUCUUGGUAUUUAGGAUUUAGCGGCUAAUUGUUUUAGGUUGUUUAUUUUAGCCUUGUUUUAAAGUUCAGCUCAAAUUAAACAAAACCAAUCUACUCGGUGAGUCAUAAUAUAAAUGUUAAACACAGUUUAACAUGAAUUAUUAUAAAAGCAUAAGGUAAGUAUCACAAAUGAUACUGGAACAAAAGUGUAAAGACCUAGCUACUUAACACAUGCGUAGUUGUUUUAGCUUGUUUUGGUUUUGUUUUAACUUUUAGGUUGACCACAAAAAACACAAAUUAAACCAUAAAUAACCAUUAAACUCUUUAAAUAUAAAUUAAAUUAUAUGAAUUUAAAUUAUAUGAAUAAAACAAGCUGGAUACAAUGUGUUAAAUAUUGAGCUUUAAAGUGCGGUUGGUACACAUUAAACAAACGAAAUGCAGUGUUCCCUUGUUUCAAGUCUUUCUGCUACGAUAAGUUAAGCUAACAGGCUCUUGGAAGUAGAUUGAUAUAUGUGGUGUCAGUUUUCUCAUCUACAUUUUAUCUAGAGAGUAGAUACAGCCCGUUUGAAAACUGAAUUUUGUGGUUUUUGUUGACAAAAUGGAGCGAAUUCGGCUUUCCUGAAAGGGGGAGUUUAAAACAGAACGUCUAGUUAAUUGUUUACUGUUACAAUCCUCCAUUAAACUUUAAAACAACUUCUGUCUUGUAAUUUUCAGAUUUGCUGCCAAAAUCUUCCAAGCUUUAUCCCCUGGCCUAAACUUCAGGAAGGAGUCCAGACCUGCCUGUCUGAGUAAAUCAAAUUCAAAACUAGAAGAGCGAACCCCAAAGAUUUCUAAGAAAAGUGAUGCUGAAGUGAAAUGAAACAGCUCUAAAACGCUUUGGUCCAAUCUGUUUGAUCAUUUAAUUAUUGAUCAACUGAAGCAAAGAACAAACCUACAUUUUAUUCCGUUAUCAUUUCGUUUUCUUAAGAUGUCCAGUUAAACUUAAAACUUUGUUAAUCCCAUGUUUUGUACAUAUUAAAUGUAUUCCUGUGCUAAAAAUUGACUGGAAAUGUACUGAUUUGAAAGGAGAGGGACAAAAAGUUGCUUAUUGGACCUGAGAAAGAGAAUAAUUCUUCUGUUCAUGUUUCCAUCUGUCAUUUUGAUUUAAUACAAACCAUUUUUUUGUC